AUAGCGAAUGCAAGAAGUUAAAGAUUUAAAAUGCUUAACAGAUUCCAGUUAUUUUCAUUAUUUAAGUGAUUUGAGCAAACUAAACAGCAAUUAUCAAAUGAACAAAUUCGAUAAACGUGGCAGUGAACAUUCUGAUGGUAUCACAUAUCCACCUAAAAGUGUAAAUGCAGAUGAUUUAAUCAAAGACACAUUGAAAAUUGAUCAAUCAUCAAAUCUCUGUGCAACUCAAUCAAUUCAGUCUUAUCUAAUGGGUACAGCUUUAUGGAACACUUUGAAUUUUGAACAUUUUAAACAACAGUUCCAUUCUAAUUCUAAUGAACAAUUGAUUAGCAAUAUAAACUCACAUAAUCAGAAAAAUAUGGAUAUAGUAGAAGAUUUCACGAAUUGUAAUUCAAAAAAGCGCAAAAUGUUCGAUGAACACAAUCCAUCUUAUAGUUUCAAUCAACAUCAUUUGAAUUUAGACAAUGCCAACAAAUUGUUUUUUCCGACUGAGCAAUACGCGUCUCAGCAACAAGCAUUUAAUCAGUAUCAAAGUCAACAGUUGAUAUCAAUGAAUAAGCACAUUGAAAGUUAUUUGGUUGGUUCAAAUAUAGAAAAUAAUACUAGUGUUGGUGAUGAACAAAAUUUGAAUUCUUUAUCUAUGCAGAAUAAUACCGAUGGAAAUUUCAAUCAUCAAUUCAUUUGUCCAGUGUGUAAUAAUGAAAUUAAACCAGAAGAUAUAGAAGACCACUUCAAUUAUGAACUAAAACAAAUGCAAAACUUUACAAUCAGCUUACCUACAGAUGAUACAACCUCCAAUAAACAUGAGUCACCCAAAAAUACUCAGCACAAAAAUGACAUACUGAAUAGCAAUUCAAGAUAUGCGAUAUUUAAAAAAAUUGAAAGAAAUAGAAAAGAGAGACGAGAUAAAAUGCUCUUGUCAGGUGAUGCAACUCAGUUGACAACUUCAAAUUUAUAA